CCAUAUCCAAACUAUGUGGAAUGGCGUCCAGUGACGGCAUCAACUUCCGGGUUAGCUGCUGCCCCGGAAGUAGUUCUAGGCGGUUCUGUCAACAUUAGCUAGCCUGCUUAGAUAAACCUUACUCAAAAGCAUUGUAGCUAUAGUUAUUUACAAAUAUAUCUUCACUAUAAUUGGCGUAGAUUAUUUCCAUCCUGUGAUAACGUAGAUAUGGAACUAUUAAACCAAACAGACAUGAAGUUACAAACGACGAGUUAAGCUAACAUUAUUAGCUAGCUAAGUACCGUUAGCUAGCUCAGUAUGCUAUGCUAACUUAGCCUGCUAUCUAUUUUUGCAAAACAGCUGUGAUUUCACUUAGCAAAGCAACAUUUGAACUGAUUGCUUGCUACAGCCAGAGAACCACAUUUUCUCGGCUAUUUUUUUGUUGUCGCUUUGGCUCACACAAUGUAUGAGGAUUUUGAUGAACCCCAGCCAAACCUACUGGUUCCUGACUGUGUCCAUGGUGACCAGAGAACCAGCGGUCCAGAGAUGGUUCCUAGGAGCCUUGACUACUUCAGUGACUUUCUAAGAUUGAGAGGAGAGACAGGAGAGAGUUCCAGCCGUCACUCUGACAAUGAGGGGACAAGUUCUACCUCAGGAGAACCUGAACAACAGGAGGACAAUCACACAGCCAAGAACACACACAGCUGCAGAGAGUGUGGAGAGGAGUUCCCUACCCAGCAUUAUCUAAGAAAACAUCGUAACACAACACACACAGGAGAGAAGAAGACCAGUCCCAAACCCAGGAAGAGCUACAGCUGCCUGGACUGUGGGAAGGAGUUCCCAUGUCCGUCUAAACUACAACGACACCUUCUGACUCACACAGGAGAGAGGCCCUGCUUCUGUUCUGACUGUGGGAAGAGUUUCACUCGGGAGGAACAUCUGAAGACACACCAGCGGUUCCACUGUUCUAAUGGGGAGGGCAGUCCCUCUAUAUCGGGAGAUCCUGAACAGGCAAAGAACUGCUGCCUGGAGUGUGGAAGAGAGUUCUCUAGCGCUUACAAACUACGCAGACACCUGCUGACACACACGGGAGAAAAACCUCACUCUUGCUCCGUGUGUGGGAAGAGUUAUACUUAUCUACACACCUUGAAAUCACAUGAGCUGAAACACACCGGGGAGAAGUCUUACAAAUGUUCCGUGUGUGAGAAGAGCUUCAACCAAAAGGGAAAUUUGAACCAACACAUGCUAGUGCACACUGGUGAGAAACCUUUCUCGUGCUCUGUCUGUGGCAAGUGCUUCACCCAGAAAGCCAACCUGACUGCCCACCAGCUCUCCCACACAGGAGAGAAGCCUUUCUCCUGUUCCGUCUGUAGGAAGGGCUUCACUCAGAAAGCAUAUCUUAAACAACACCAGAAACUGCACACUGGAGAGAAGCCGUACGCCUGCUCCGAGUGUGACAAGAGGUUCACCUUCUGUACAUCGUUGAAAAGACACCAGCUGCAACACACAGGAGAGAAACCGGACUCGCUAAGUUUGAAAGAAAUGCACCAGCAAUCGCACGGCAAAAAAGUAGAGGAGAGUCUCUCUACAUCAGCAGCAGAACCUGAACAACACCAGGAGAGUCUCUCUGCAUCAGCAGCAGAACCUGAACAACACCAGGAGAAUCACAAAACUAAGACGUCGUCUCACUGCUGCUCAGAAUGUGGGAAACAUUUUAAAAAUGCAUCGUCUCUACAGAUCCACGUGAGAAUCCACACGGGAGAGAAGCCAUACCCCUGCCCCGACUGUGGGAAGAAUUUUUCUACAAAAAUAAGUUUGAACUUGCACCAGAGGUCACACACAACAGAACCAGAGAAACCCAUCCACUGUGAGGAGGAUAACACAUCACAGGGACAGCAGAUGGUAUCUGAUAACCUACAGGACCUCUGUCAAACACUGGGGCUGAAGGCUAAAGUCGAAGAGGUGGAGGAAGAGGAGAAGGAAGAGGUGGGGGAAGAGGAGAAGGAAGAGGAGGAGGAGGAUGGAGAAGGGGCAACGGAUAAUGCAGAGGAAGUUGGAGGGCUGAUUAAUUCUGAUGGAGAAGAAGUUGACUGGGAUUCUGUUCAACAUAGAGAGAGUCCUGUCCGUGGCUCUGGUAGUGAAGGAGAAAGUCCCCUUACAUCAAACAUCAACAAGGAUCCUGGGGCUCAAUCGGGGUCGACUGAGUCUCUGGGCCCUGACCAAAGACAUGAGGAGGACAUCACUCAAACACCUGGGAUGAACAUUCAUAUUGAACAAGAGGAGGAGGAGGAUGGGGAAGAAGAAGAGGAGGAGGACGAGGAAGAAGAAGAAGAGGAGGAAGAAGAAGAGUGGGAGGUGGAAGAGGAAGAAGAGGGUGAAGAUGAAGAAGAGGAGGAGGAAGGGGAGGAAGAGGAAGUUGGUGAUCUGUUGAAUUCUGUAGUAGAACAAGCUUCCUGGGAUACUCCUCAUCUUGGAAUGAGUCCUAACUCCUGCCACGGUAGUGAGGGAACCACCUCAACACCAGGAGCGGUGGAACGACAACACCGGGAGAAAGAGAAGACACGGGCGACCAAACGGAAGAAGAGUCCAGGACAAAAGCAACCGAAGAAAAAAGAGACACCGAAGAAGGAAAAGAAUCCGAAGCAGAAGAAAGCCAAGAUGACCCACCGUUGCUUUAAAUGUGGAGAGGGAUUCUCCCGCGUCUACGACAUGCUCUUACACCAGACCAUUCAUAUAGAUGGCACGACCAUGUUCAAAACCAAGAAGGUUCACCGCUGUUUAACGUGUGGAUACGAAGCAUCCGAUGCACAUAAACUGAUGAUGCACGAGCGGAUACACACGGGAGAGAAGCCUUUCCAGUGCUCUGUGUGCGGGAAGAGAUUCGCUCAGAAAGGAAAUCUGAAAAUACACCAGAGUGUGCACAAAGGAGAAGUCAGGAAUCCCAGUUUCUGGCCUGACAUUGUGGAGAGGCUUCCUACAAUAGGUGUCCCAGACCAAUACCAUGACAACCACACAGCUAAGCCAAUAGGAGUUCUGGACCAAUACCAUGACAACCACACAGCUAAGCCAAUAGGAGUUCUGGACCAAUACCAUGACAACCACACAGCUAAGCCAAUAGGAGUUCUGGACCAAUACCAUGACAACCACACAGCUAAGCCAAUAGGUGUCCCGGACCAAUACCAUGACAACCACACAGCUAAACCAAUAGGCGUUCUGGACCAAUACCAUGACAACCACACAGCUAAGCCAAUAGGAGUUCUGGACCAAUACCAUGACAACCACACCGCUAAGCCAAUAGGAGUCCUGGACCAAUACCAUGACAACCGCACAGCUAAACCAAUAGGAGUCCCUGACCAAUACCAUGACAACCACACAGCUAAGCCAAUAGGAGAGGAAUGCCAAACUCCAUCAACUCUACAGAUACACAUGAGAACUCAGACUGUAGAGAACCAGUCUAAUCCGCAGUGCCCUCUCUGUGGGGCAGAGUUCUCUCAGAAAGGCCUCCUGGAUGAUCACCUGAUGAUCGCCCACUCCCAUGAGAAACCAGAGAAGCCUUACCCCUGUCCAGACUGUGGGAAGAGAUUCUCCAGCAAGAGUUACAUCAAGAUCCACCGGAAGAUCCACAGUGGGAAGAUCUCUUACCGCUGCGCCCAGUGUGAUAAGACUUUCCUGUCAGCGGAGGGGCUCAAGAAGCACGAGAGCGCUCACCGAGGAGAGAGACCGUACCGAUGCCCUGCGUGUGGCAAGUGUUUCAAACAACAAUCCCAGCUGACCUGUCACUUCAAGAUCCACACCGGAGAGAGGAGCCAUCUCUGCUUCCUGUGUGGGAAGAGUUUCGCCAGAGAGUUUGACCUCCGGGUGCAUCUCAGAGUCCACUCUGGAGAGAAGCCCUACCAGUGCCACGAGUGUGGCAAGAGCUACAGGUACAGAGCAGGCAUCCGGUCACACAUGCAGCAGAUGCACCCUGGGAAGCCUAUAGUGGAACCAACCCCACCCAUCCCCACAGGCCUUCGCCACGGCAGUGGAGGAAGUGGUCUUCCUACAUCCCUCAUCAGAAAGGAUCCUGGUGACCAAUCCAGCCCCAAAGCUAUAGAGGCCCAGGGUCCUGAUCCAAGCCAUGGCAGCAAGGCGUCCAGUCAAACACCUCGGUUGAAGGCCAGAGCUGAAGAAGAAGAAGAGGAGGAAGAGGAGGAGCAAGAAGAAGAGGUGAACGUUGAUGGUUCGGGAAAUUCUGAAGAAGACGACGCCAGUUGGAAACCUGCUCUUCGUCUUGCCAAGACCGAUGGCGGUGGUCCCUCUGCAUCGGGACCACAGAGAAAACACCGGAAGAAACAACCGGUCAAACGGAAAACCAGCGUCAAAGAAGGCAAACGGAAGCAACCGAAAGCCAAGAGGUUUAACAACCGUCGCUGUUUUAAAUGUGGAGAGGGUUUCCCCCGGGAAUAUGAGCUGUUACUACACCUGCAGACACAUCUAGAUUACAACUGCUACGUGUGUGGAACGCCGUUCGACAACCAACAGCUGCUGCGGAGACAUCAGGAGGAGCACGCCGAGGAGAGUCUGGGUGUGUUCUCUGGUGAGGCAGCAGGAGGUCCAACUACAGGACAGCGGCGGGGGAGAGGGAAGAGGACCCACCGAUGUCCGACCUGUGGCAAAGAACUAUCCGACGCGUCCAAGCUGAAGUUGCACGUGAGAAUCCACACCGGGGAGAAACCGUACUGUUGCUCCCUGUGCGGGAAGGGUUUCACUCAGCCAGGGAACCUGAAAACACACAUGAAAACACACAGAGACGGUAACCCCAGUUUGUUGUCCGCUGGUGGGUUAGGUCCCUCUACAUCAAGAGGUCCUGAACACCACCAGGAGAAUCACACCGUCGCCGCAUCAGCAGCUCAGGAGAACUUCAACUGUCCAGAUCUACCGUCAGUGCAGAAACACAUGACGUCUCAGGACAGCGGAGAGAAGGCCUCUUUCUUCUGCUCGCUGUGUGGGGAGCAGUUCUCUGAGAAGGCACCGUUGGAAGAACACCGAUUGGCUCACAACAACAAGAAGCCUUUCCCCUGCCCUGACUGUGGCAAGAGGUUCCGCAGUAAUUACUACGUGAAGAUCCACAUGCGAAUGCACACCGGGGAGAGGCCUUACCAAUGCACCGAGUGCGGGAAGGGCUUCAUCACAGAAGAAGGGCUGAAGAAGCACGAGAGCGCUCACCGGGGAGAGAGACCCCACCUUUGCCCCGAGUGCGGAAAGCGAUUCAAGCAACAGUCCCAACUUACAUGUCACUUCCGUAUGCACACCGGACAGAAGAGCCACCUCUGCUCCGUCUGCGGGAAGAGUUACUUCAGAGAGUUUGACCUCAAGGUUCACCUCAGAGUCCACACGGGAGAGAAGCCCCAUCAGUGUGAGGAGUGUGGGAAGAGUUUCUACUAUCUACAGGGGCUCCGGCAGCACCAGAGGACCCACGCUCCCAAGCCCAUCGGACCGACCCGCCAGCUAGGCAGGCCUAAGCAGUCGUCCAGCGCGGACAUACCGAACCAAUCACCCAGGACGGGAAGGCCCACGGCAGCUCCUAGAGUAGAGAGACCCACGCCUCUACCCAGAGUGGAGAGACCCACGCCUCUAGGCCUACCUAGAGUUGAGAGUGAUCUGGAGAGACCCAUUCCUCUAGGCCUAUCUAGAGUUGAGAGUGAUCUGGAGAGACCCAUGCCUCUAGGCCUACCUAGAGUUGAGAGUGAUCUGGAGAGACCUCACUGGCAGUACUGGCACCUUUAAAUGGGAAAUCUUCCAUUUUCAACACCGAUAGAAUUAUUGGAGGACCAAAACAAGCCGAUACCGAUUAAUCGGCCGAUUUUUAUAUAUAUAUGAGUAUGGUAAUAUUUGUAAUAAUGACAAUUACAACAAUGCUGAAUGAACACUU